AUGACCAGAGUAUCCAGCGAGGAGUUCCUCACCGGCUUGGACCAACUAUUCACCCAAGCCACAUCGAGCGGGUCAGUCUACCUAUCAUCAAAGCGCGCUUCUCAUCCCAAUGACGCGCGCGUCCCAGAUGACGACGGGGAUGUAGACAUGGCCACCACCGUAUCAUCCGCAGGUCCCUCCUCCUCCUCCUCGUACUCCCUCAUCUUCCGCGCCACCAACGGCAAAUCCACCUCACGCACCAAACUCUCCGUCCUUAUCCCCUCUUCCUCCCUCGCCGCCUUCCAAGAGAAACUCCAACCCUUGCUGCGCAACCACCUCUCCUCCUCCCUCCGUAAACGCGAUAAAGCAAAGGAGCGUCGAGUGGACAAGGAUCUUUCCUUGCGCAGGAAGAAGGAUGAGGAGCUUGGUGGAUGGAAAGGGGUGGGCAAGUUGGGGAGUAAGAGGGGGAAGGGGCAUAGGAAGAGACAGAGGGCAAUGAAGAGGGCUAUGAAGUUGAAGGGGGAGGAGGGGAGGGAGAGGAAGAGACGGGAAGCUACGGCGGCGGCGGGUGGUGGAGGCGGUGAGGGUGAAGCGACACCGUCACAGCCGGGACAAGCGACGCCCACGGCCACGUCCGCAUCCCAGGCGGCAGCAACAGCAGCAGCAGCUACGCCUGUGGCAGGAGCAGGGGGAGGUGGAGGCGCAGGGGCAGGUAACAAGAAGAAGAAGAAGGGAAAGAAGUGA